AACAUGUUUUCAUUGUACAGGGGAUCUGAUCAUCCGAGUCAUCGUGUGCAAGCAGUGGCUCCUGCGUCUACUUAUGCCUAUUUUUGCAACGUCUGUGGUUUAUUCCGUGUGAAAUCAUCUUGUCGUAAAUGUCAAAUACAUUCGCGUCUAAUAUUGCGUAGCUGUAGCUGAGCUAAGCUUUUAAGUUAUUGGAAGAAGAGGAAGGCAAAGAGGUCAAAUGACGGAAAGUGAGGUAUCAGUUAACAUCCUAUUUUUUGCUAGUGCUAGAGACUUAGCAGGAGUUGAUCGUUCCAUUCUAACUGUUCCUGUGAACACCACCCCUGAGGAGCUCUUAUCACAAGUUGUUCGGUCAUUUGGUGAAAUCUCUAGUAUCAAGGACAGUGUAAUUCUCUCUCAUAAUCAGCAAUACUGUGAGCCUGGCCAAGGGUUAACACUUUCUACAGGAGACGAAGUUGCCAUAAUCCCACCGAUUAGUGGAGGUUAGUGGAAACAUGGAUUACAUCAAGAUUACUGAUGAAGGCCUUUCUGUUGAUGAAAUUACAAAAUUAGUCACCGAUUCAUCUUGUGGUGCUAUCAGCUUAUUUGUUGGAACUACACGAGAUACUUUUGAGGGGCAGACUGUGGUUAAGUUGGAAUAUGAAUCCUACAAAGAAAUGGCCGAAAAAGAAAUGAUUAAAUUAUGCAAACAAGCAAGAGAGAAGUGGCCUUUGCAUCACAUAGCAGUACAUCAUAGAUUAGGUGUAGUACCAGUGUCUGAAGCCAGUGUGAUAUUAGCUGUUAGCUCUGUACAUCGUCGUGAGAGUCUAGAAGCUGUUUCUUAUUUGAUAGAUGAAUUGAAGGCAAAUGUACCUAUUUGGAAGAAAGAGAUAUAUGAUGAUGGAAGUAGUAACUGGAAGCAGAAUAAGGAGUGUGUAUGGCUCAAAGAAGAUAGCACAAACAAUAACAGCAACCAGGGAAGACACACACAAAACAAUAAAAGAAGGGUAGAUGAUGAUCAUGUUGACAGUGCUGAUUUAGUGCUAAAAAGGAUUAAGACAGACCCAGAGGAAUCCUUGGAACAUUCUUCUCUUCCUGAUGCCAGUUGUAUAAAGAAAGAUGAAAAGAAUGUUGAUAUACAUAAGUCGUCUAUUUUAGAUCCCAAAUAUGUUCAGAUUGUUGCUUCAAAAGAUGAGCUGACCCGAAGAAUUCAAGCAUUUCAGAAGCAUAAGAGACAAGAAAUAGAUGUUUUUAAUGUACAGGAGUUUUGUACACUGGCUGGAAGUGUUAUAUCCCAUAAUUCAUGUGCCCGAACUUCUGCAGUUGUAUUAAGAUCAAAGGACUCAAAUAGCCAUUUGAAAUUAACUCGUGUUGUAAAUGAAUGGGGCCCUCAGACACUGGGCAAAGAUCCUGGGUCAGUGAAAAUGGAUGCUGUUAAACCAGGAAGAGAUACAUCUAGUAGUAAUUGUAGCAGAGAAGGAUCUGUUGAGAGAAUUAAUGCAGUUACAAACAAUGCUACUAGCGGAAUUCAUUGUAAAAGGGAAUCCGUUCAAAAAUUAAAAGAAGAAUCUUUACCUCCAGGCAUAGAUGAACGGCUGGUAAAUUUAGAAAACCACUUGAAGAUUAAUUGCGACAGUCCUGUUCCAUGUGAUGUGUAUGCUAGGCUUAAAGCUGUAGAGGAUAGAGUUCUACGUUUAGAAGCAAUAUCACCAGAAUACUUUCACUCAAAGAGAUUGAUGCUCAAACAAGAAAUGAAGAAAGAAGAAAUAAAAGCUGUAGAAAGUGAUAUGUCACUGGAUGAAGUGAACAUCAGGAUUCACAAUCUCAAGAUGAAACUUAAAGAACGGCAACUGAAACAUGUAUUUUGAUGUAUCUCGUUCGUCAAGCUUUAAAAUUUGAUUUUGUUGUGUAAUAAAUGUGAUAUAUUUUU